AUGGGUAGCUGUUUUUCGACCACCAAGGUGAGUGGUUCUAACAGCAACACCCCUUCCACCACCACCACCACCACCACCACCAACGCCGCCGCCGCCUCCUCUGCCGCCACCGUCCAGCACCACCACAACAGAAAGGGUACAACAAAGCCUUCCACGUCCGGAAAUAAUAAUACCUCGUUAAUUCCCAAGCAGCUGGGAUUGCAUUAUAAAGGGAAAGGAUCAAAUGCGAAUCAAACGCAGCAGCGGAAUUCUAAGCCUGCUUCCCGGAGGCAAAGCGGGGUGAUCCCUUGUGGCAAACGUACCGAUUUUGGGUAUGAUAAGGAUUUUGAUAGGAGGUAUACGAUUGGGAAGUUGUUGGGUCAUGGUCAAUUUGGCUACACAUAUGUUGCCACAGAUAAGUCUAAUGGCGAUCGCGUGGCAGUUAAGAGAAUUGAGAAGAACAAGAUGGUUCUUCCAAUUGCAGUUGAGGAUGUCAAACGAGAAGUAAAAAUAUUAAAAGCUUUAGCUGGCCAUGAGAAUGUGGUGCAGUUCUAUAAUGCUUUUGAGGAUGAGUCAUACGUGUAUAUUGUGAUGGAGCUGUGUGAAGGUGGAGAAUUGCUUGAUCGUAUAUUGUCCAAGAAGGAUAGCCGAUACACUGAGAAAGAUGCUGCAAUAGUAGUACGUCAGAUGUUGAAGGUUGCAGCCAAAUGUCAUUUACACGGGUUGGUUCACCGUGAUAUGAAGCCUGAGAACUUCCUUUUCAAGUCGCCGAAAGAGGAUUCCUCAUUGAAGGCUACAGAUUUUGGCCUCUCAGACUUUAUCAGGCCAGGCAAGAGAUUUCAAGAUAUUGUUGGUAGUGCGUACUAUGUUGCUCCCGAGGUACUAAAGCGCAGAUCAGGUCCUGAGUCAGAUGUAUGGAGCAUUGGUGUUAUAACGUACAUUCUGCUCUGUGGGCGGCGCCCCUUUUGGGACAAGACCGAGGAUGGCAUAUUUAAGGAGGUUCUCAGGAACAAACCUGACUUUCGUCGUAAGCCAUGGCCAAGCAUAAGCAUGAGCGCUAAAGAUUUUGUAAAGAAAUUAUUGGUGAAGGAUCCUCGUGCCAGACUUACUGCUGCUCAGGCCCUAUCACAUCCAUGGGUUCGAGAAGGGGGCAAUGCGUCCGAAAUUCCGCUUGAUAUUUCUGUUCUCUCCAAUAUGCGGCAAUUUGUGAAAUACAGUCGUUUAAAGCAGUUUGCACUUAGGGCUUUGGCUAGCACACUUGGUGAUGAGGAAUUGGCUGACCUCCGAGAUCAGUUCGAUGCCAUUGACGUGGACAAAAAUGGAUCCAUUAGUCUGGAAGAAAUGAGACAGGCCCUUGCCAAAGAUCUACCUUGGAAGAUGAAAGACUCUCGUGUUCUGGAGAUUGUUCAAGCGGUAGACACCAACGCUGAUGGGCUAGUUGACUUCUCGGAAUUUGUUGCAGCCACCCUACAUGUUCAUCAGCUAGAGGAACAUAAUUCCGAGAAGUGGCAUGAGAGAUCACAGACUGCUUUUGAAAAAUUUGACGUUGACAGAGAUGGGUACAUAACACCGGAAGAACUUAAAAUGCAUACUGGUUUAAGAGGUUCAAUUGACCCACUUUUAGAAGAAGCAGAUAUUGACAAAGAUGGAAAGAUAAGCCUAGCCGAGUUCCGCAGACUCUUGAGAACUGCAAGUAUGAGUUCAAGAGCCGUCACAAGCCCAAAUGUAAAUAAAGAGUCCCGGAGGUUAUAG